GGAAAUAACUUGUCUUUCAGCCGUACGUAGCGAGCGCAGAAAAAGUACCCUGUUUUUAAAACUUAAUUCUAUAACUAAGUAUAUACGUAUAAACACAAAUAUUUAAUAAUAUGCACAAAUUGCAUUAAAAAUUAACUGCUGAUAUAUUAAGGUUGUCCCGUGGGAAGAAAAUUAAGUUGGUGCCUUCAAGCAACAGAGGUGUUAGUAAAUCUGUUACAAGUAGGGGUGGGCAGCGAGGAUAGUAAAAACAAACGGGAACGCCUACUGAAAAGUAGCUAUAAAGGAAAACUUAAAUUAUAUUUAGAUUCCAAAUAACAAGCAAAAUUAAGUUGAAAAUACUGACAAAAAUGUCUACAUUAAGUGACACGCCCACGCAAGAAGAGAUGACGUCAGCUGCAACGCCGGCGGUAUUACCAACGAGUAUGUGUGGGAGUGACUACAAAAUACCUAAUGAAAGUAAUACACAAAUCAAGGGAUCGGUUGCUGUCCCUCCAGCAUUGCAAUCGGAAAUAAAACACGAGCCGCCAGAAGAAAUUUAUGAUACUCCACAUGAUAUGUCAAAUUCGUAUGACACAUAUAAUAAUAGUAACACCAAUAGUCCGAAAAUUCGUCUUACGCCCACUAUUAAACUAAUGCCGCUGCCGAAUCCUGUGGAUCCUAAACGGAGGUUUGCUUGCCCCUAUGAAAAUUGCACGAAAAGUUAUGGAAAAAGUUCCCACCUUCGUUCACAUUUAACCUGGCACACUGGCAUCAAACCGUUUGUGUGUUCGGAAUUGAACUGCGGUAAGGGAUUUACAAGAUCCGAUGAGCUUAACCGUCAUUUGAGAACGCAUACAGGAGAAAAGCCCUUCGAAUGCAUACAGUGUACAAAAAAGUUCGCACGUAGUGAUCACCUUACUAAGCACCUUGCCACUCAUGCAAAGCAAAUGCAAAAUAGCUUCAGCAGCGCCAAAAAGCCACGAACCCAAGUAGAUGGAAACCGUACAAAAAAAGAAAGUUAUGCGAUUGAAUCAGCCGAUUCGAAAAAUAACUUUGAGGAUACCGAUAACAUAGAAAAAGAAAUCCAAUAUGGGAACGGUAUGCAUUUUAUGGCGACGCUUCAACAAAAUCGCAGUAAUGUAGAAUCGAAAAAUUCAACUGGAUCCGAAUCUAAGCCAAUAGCUGAACAUGUCACUGAUGACGCCUUGCUUGAUCAUAGACCGAUAAAAAUAAAAUUGGAACGGCCUGAAAACAGUAACGAAUAUCACGUUGUAUCACCAGAUACGAGAGUAACUGGUCUGUUUUCUAAGGCUCCGAAGGAAAAUACCUCUAAUUCGGGAUCAGAUUAUCAAUUGCCUAAAUUGGCAUCCCCAGUCGACGAAUUCAAACCCGAAUCACAGCCACCAAAUUGUUGCACUUCCACAGAAAUAAAAAAGGAUCAUAGUACCGUAAGUAUAUCAGCUGACGGUGCAUUUAUGGGAUGGCCAGAGAUCGGGAAGGAAAGUUUGGAGGAAACUCAUGACCCACAUCGUCCUUGGCGAUGUAAGUUAUGUACGAAAUCUUUUAAAAGACAGGACGAUCUUAAUCGCCACCUUCGCACGCAUACUGGAGAGAAACCAUUCGCAUGUGUAGCAUGUGAGCGACGGUUUAUGCGUAGCGAUCAUUUAAAGAAGCAUCUCAAAACACAUACUAAUUUGCGGUAGUCGUAUUAAACAAAUGAUUGGAAUGUGUACAAAAUAUCAGUAUGCAUACAUAAUAUGUAGGUAUAUUUAAAUUUGAAUCUGUCGUUUAUAAUGCAUACUGUUGAGGGGUUAAAUCAAGAAAUAAACUGUUAGUUUUGCUCGUUUUUCGUUAUAUCCAACUAUAGAAAAUCGAAGCAAAAUACAGACUAGCCGUUUUAAGUAUUAUAAUUUUUAUCUGAUAUAAAAAUAGGCCCUUAUAAUAUAUACAUCUAUAUGUAUGUAUGGGCUUGUUCGAGUCGCAAUCAAAACAGCAGUGUUGGGCGAAUUAUUAAAGUACCACAUUCGGUGUGAAUUUCUAGCAACGUAUUAUCUGUUGGCCAGUUGCAACAGUGUUCUAAAUUUUCUUCAGUACGGCGGUAAUGCCGAUUUUAUAACGUGGCUCGAACAGCCCCUAUGUAUUUACAUACAUAUGUAUGCAUGUGUAAAUAGAAAACGACACUUAUUGCAAAUAUGUUAGUCGUAUUAAGAAAUACUAGGUUCUUAGUUUUUAGUAAAUGAUUAUCUUUGUUUAAGUAAUAUCAAAAACAAAUUAAUUGUAUUUAAUCACAUAUAUAUAUAUUUUAAGUACAAUAGCCGUAAUAAAAAAUAACCGCAAAUUCUUUAGCACAAAUUAUUAAACUUGAUUAAAACACCAUUAUUCGCAAAAGUUUAAUACGGUGCCAGCAAACUAACCCAAUUAUUUUUCAAGCAAAUUUGAAUCAACCAUAUUUCCAAAUUUCGUACACGCUGUCAGUAGUGCCUAUCGAGCAGUGUUGUGAAAAAUGCAUUAAAUUUUUGAAUGCAUAGCAUUU